AAAACAAACUUCAAGUGUUCGGUGUUGCUGUUUUCCCACCUGUGGACAGGUAGAGGAGGAGGCGGAGGGAUAAAAAGCCAACCCACUCGCAGAUCAGCUUUGUGUCUCUCUCUCUUUCUAUCCUGAGUACGACUGUGCCAAAGUUCAACGCUCACAAACGGCGGACAAUAGGAGAAAGAAGACACUGGACUAGAUGUUCUGGAGCAGAUUGUGUGCGACCCUGAGACAGGUGAAAGCAAACACCUGAGAGUAUUCAGGCAGAGCAGUGCAGUGGGAUUCCGUCCAUCGGCAGCGACCUCAGUUUUUAUUGACCCGAAACCAACAUGACCACCAGGAGGGCGGAGGUCCAGCGAAGGAUCGUGUCCAAGGACGGCCACAACAACGUCCGGAUCGACAACGUGGAGGGAAUGGUGAAGCUGUACCUGCACGACAUCUGGACCACCGUGGUGGACAUGAAGUGGCGCUACAAGCUCACUCUGUUCGCCUCCACCUUCGUCAUGACCUGGUUCAUCUUCGGGGUCAUCUUCUACUUCAUCGGCAUGGGCAACGGAGACUUCGAGGCCGGUCUGAAUGCCAGCCACGUUCCCUGCGUGAUGCAGGUGGAGACGCUCACCGGCGCCUUCCUGUUCUCCCUCGAGUCGCAGACCACCAUCGGCUACGGCUUCCGCUACAUCUCCGAGGAGUGUCCUCUGGCUAUCUUCACUCUGGUGGCUCAGCUCGUCAUCACCGGCCUGGCCGAGAUCUUCGUCACCGGGGCCUUCCUCGCCAAGCUGGCUCGGCCCAAGAAACGAGCGGAGACCAUCAAGUUCAGCAAGUCGGCGGUGAUCUGCCGCCGCCAAGGGAAGCUGUGUCUGAUGGUGAGGGUGGCGAACAUGAGGAAGAGUCUUCUGAUCCAGUGUCAGCUGACGGGGAAGCUCCUCCACUCCAAUGUGACGGAGGAAGGCGAGAAGACGCAGGUCCACCAGAGCUCCGUGGACUUCUUUAUGGACUCCAGCAGCGAGUGCCCUUUCCUCAUCCUCCCGCUCACCUUCUACCACGUUCUGGACGAGCGCAGCCCGCUGGCGGGGCUGAACACCGAGAACCUGCUCACCCGCGACUUCGAGCUGCUGGUCACCCUCAAUGCCACCAUGGAGUCGACGGCGGCCACGUGCCAGAGCCGCACCUCCUACGUUCCCCAGGAGAUCCUCUGGGGCUACGAGUUCAAGCCCGUGCUCUUCAGCACCACCAGCGGGCGCUACGUGGCGGACUUCAACUUUUUUGACAAAGUACAAGUGAGCAACGACGCAGCGUUCCUCAGUAACAACGCAGAGAAACUGAAACUGGAGGAGGACUUUAAGAAAGAGUAGAGGACGCUGGUGUUUCUGAUGUUUGAUGUAACUGAUGUGUUAGUUGGGUCUGGAUGUUAUAUUGUAGAACUAACAGUCAAUUUUUGUACAAUAUUGUAUAAAAAGUUAUUUUUUUCCCCCUGACAACGUGACUCAGGGGCAGAAAAUGCACAUUAAUUUGGAUAAAUCUUCAAAAUAAUGUGUUAAAAACAGAAAUUAACACAUAGUUCGAUGAAAAAAUACAUUUAUUUAAAACAAAGUCUAAAUAUUUGACCUCUAAUUCCUCUGUUAGAUAUUAAUAUUCAGUUUCCUAAGGUGCGACAAAAAUUAUUUUGUGUUCCAUGAAAUAAAUGUUUUGUUUAGAUUAUUAAUUUAAUCAUCAUCAUUAUUGUUUAAUAUAUACAUUUGUAUGUUUUAAUUUUUGAUAACUCUAAAUAAAAUGUAUUAGUUUGGGUUUCAAUUAAGAGUUUUAGUCUCCUCAAAUGAUUUUUAAAAUAAUAAUUAAUAUAUAUUUUUUAGAUCUCUCAUUGUGACAAACCAGCAUUUAAAGGAAUAUUUGACUUUUUGGGAAAUACAAUUGUUUUGUUAUUGGGAUGAACAAAUAGAUUGUAACGGUGUAAUAACACGCUGGGUAUGGUGGUACAAGGGGAUAUAUGAUGUUAAAGGUUAAUAAAAAUGGAUUAGUGUCGUAAUUAAA